AGGCACAAAAUUUCCCACCAGUGGAUUAGAGGAGGGAAAUGCAUAAGGGAACUGCAUAUAGUGCCUGAAGCUUGUUUAAGAAAUAAACCAAGGAGCUCCAUGGGAAGAAGAGAGUACCCGAAGCAGGAACUAACCACCUCAAAGAGCUACCAAAGAAAGUUUGCAGCUACAUCUACUAUGAACAUAAAUUAAUCAGUCACUGAUAAUAUGCUGUUUAGACUCAGUUCACUAGCUCUACAAAUCAAUGACUGAACACUGUACAUUAAUAAAGUCAAACAUUCACAGCUUUUACAGGGAGUACUUCAUGUACAUAAUCCUGCAUUUUAUCUUUUUUUGCAUUCUGGUAAGUAGUAACUUUGAAUCCCAAUUCAGCAAAUAAGCAGAUUGGGUUCUCCGGUUAUUAGUGGAUAAACCCGAAUUAUUUAAUCAUGAUCAAAUCUCAUUUAGUACUGCAUCUACUAGGAACACCAGAGAAGCGUUUAGAGCAAUAAUCAACUUUUAUCAAAUUAAACGAUAAUAUAGUCGAGUAAAUCCACCUUAUAAGCGGCUAAGGGCACCCAUUAUGCUUCCCCUGAAGCUAUGAAUAAUGACACAAUACGCUUUAGCAUAUGUUUCAUGCUUGAGAUUUAUGGCUACGUUUAUUUGACUUUGUCAACUAGGAAAAGAAGCAAGUUGCGUAUAGUUCAGCAAACAGGGCAUUAAUUACGAUAUAUCUGCAAGAUUGUCUGCUGUGCACUUGCAUGCUAUCCUGCUAUUCAACGAUUCAGCUACUAGGCCAUAAACAAGUAACGUAAAGAAGAUACUGUUGAAUAUGGACAGUCAGGAAAAUUAAUGCACAGAAGAAGAUAAGCAGCCAAAUCUCGUUAUCAAUCAUCUACAGUCUGGUCUUUUUUUUUUUUUUAUCAGUAUCCAGAAGAUUAUUCUCGAGUCACCCGCUUGAAGACAGAGAAGUCAAUACAAAGAUUAAACAGAUAAGAAUUUACAAAUAUAAGAGAGACAACCGAAACCCAUUAUAUUAUGAGUUUCACGUUAUACUGUAAUAUGAUUUUUGGAUAUAAAGAUCGCUUAGAUCUUGUUCAGAUUGAGUGGACUUAAAUAAUUAAUUAAAUAUUACAAGUAUUUUUACUUCCGGUACAAAGUCAGACACUUGUUACCACAAGCCGCCAUUAUUGAAGAGGCAGCCAAAACAAUCUUUCUUCCACCCUCCCCCACUCUCAGACUAUCACUCCGCCAGUCUUCCCUGGUUUUCAUUGACAUUUCAUCGUCCAACUAUAUACAGCAACUUAUGGUAAAUGAGAAGUCGCACUACAGCAAAACCAAACAUCCAUCUCCAAGCACAUUCCUGAGCUAAACACCAUGAUCAAAGCAGCCAUCUUCUAUGUGUUCUUUGCCUUAACCACAUCUUUAUCCUCCUGUUUCAGUCCAAAGUCCCACUAUCACUCUCUUCCUAUCAAACUCCCUCGCUAACAAUGCCUCCAUAGCUCACAACCUUUAUAUGCUUACCCGCCGCCCACACGUUGCUGGCACAGAAGCCAACACCGAGACGGCAGAGUAUGUCAAGUCUAUACUAACCUCAAACAAGAUAAAGUCCCACACAGUGUCCUAUGAUGUGGCCUUGACAUACCCUGCCUCACGUUCCUUGACACUCACCCCUGAACCAGGUCAUCCACCAAUUGUGUUUGACCUCCGCCAGGAGAUCUACAAUGGCGAUCUCUAUGCAGAUGUUGCAAACGAGGUUAUGAUGACGUUUCAUGGGUUUGGCAAGACAGGGACCGUUGAGGCACCUGUGACUUAUGCAAACUAUGGACGUGUGGAGGACUUUGCAAUGUUGAAAGAGAUGGGGGUCAAAGUUUCUGGGACGAUCGUAUUGGCAAGAUAUGGCAAGAUUUUCAGAGGGGAUAUUGUGGAUAACGCAUAUGCAGCAGGUGCUAUAGGAACUCUCAUAUAUACAGAUAGGAAAGACUAUGGAGGUGGCGGAAAGGAUGCGGGGUGGUUUCCAGAUGCAAAAUGGAUGCCACCAACAGGAGUUCAGGUUGGUUCUGUUUACAGUGAGGCUGGUGACCCUACAACUCCUGGAUGGCCGAGUACUGAAGGUUGCGAGAGGAGAGCUUAUGAGGAAGCGGAGAAGUUGGGAGUCGUUCCAUUCAUACCUUCGCUUCCAAUAUCGGGAGCAGAUGGCGAGACGAUCAUAAGUUCGCUCGGUGGACGGCUGGCUAACGACGAUUGGCAAGGAAGCAAAGAUGCUCCAACGUACAGGGUUGGACCAGGGCCAGGGGUUGUAAAUCUCAGCUACAAUGCGACAAAGACUAUAGCAACAAUACAUAAUAUUAUUGGAGUGAUCGAAGGAUCGGACGAGCCUGAUCGGUUUGUCCUCCUUGGCAAUCAUCGGGAUGCAUGGACAUUCGGAGCAGCGGAUCCCAAUAGUGGAACUGCAGCAUUGCUUGAGGUUGCUCAAAGACUGGCAAGACUGCAGAAGAAAGGCUGGAAGCCAAGAAGAACGAUUAUCUUCUGCAGUUGGGAUGCUGAGGAAUACGGCCUGAUAGGAUCGACUGAAUGGGUGGAAGACAACAGAGAAGCGUUAAAAUCAAAAGCUGUUGCCUACUUAAAUGUGGAUGUCGCAGUAUGUAACGAAGGAUUUACUGCUUCAGCAACUCCUCAACUUGAUGAACUACUCAAAUGGACAACUAAACAGGUUAAAGACCCAAAGAACACGUCACAGACUGUCUACGAUUCAUGGGCAAGCUCCAGCGGCUCUCCUCAGGUUGAAAGAUUAGGGGGUGGGGGAUCAGACUAUUCAGCUUUUGUACAACAUAUUGGUGUGCCAUCAGUUGACAUGUCUUACAGAGUAGGAGGAUACCCUGUGUACCACUCAAUGUAUGAUGACUUUACCUGGAUGGAGAAGUUUGGCGAUCCUAUGUUUCACAGACAUGUUGCAGUUGCAAGCAUCUGGGGCUUUCUAGCUCUUCAGUUAGCUGACAGUGAAAUUUUGCCUUUCAACUAUCUUUCCUACGCCGAAGAGCUUCAGAAAAGCGCAAAGGAGUUGGAAGAUGAUAUAUCAAAUAAGACAACACUUGCUCCCUUGCACAAGUCUGUUGAUGCAUUAACAAAAUCCGCCACAAAAAUCAACAAUGAGAUAAAUGCGAUUGAAGAAGACAUACAGCAGGCUUCACCUCGGAAGAAAGACUUUGCAAGAGCAAGAGCAAUCAAUGACAGACUAAUGAUGGCUGAGCGAGCAUUUACUGAUCCAGAGGGGCUAUCUGGAAGACCAUGGUAUAAGCAUUUGGUAUAUGCACCUUCCAAGCAUAAUGAUUACGGAUCGAAGUCCUUCCCUGGGAUAGAUGAUGCAAUAGAAAAUGCAAAGACUCUGGAUACAGCAGAAGCAUGGCAGUCAGUGCAACAUGAAAUCUGGAGAGUUUCAAGAGCUAUUAAACAAGUGGCCCAGGUCCUCAGUGGUGAAUUGACAUAAAUUGCAUGGUAGCAAUACAUUCAAGAGAAUAUGAGAUGUGGUGCUACAGAAACAAUGACAGGGCAUUUGGUGCUGAGUUUCAUCAAAUCAGAUAGCUGCAAUUUCACCUUAAUACAAGUACCCUGCACCCUAGCAAGAUGGUGUGGUUACUGAUUAUAUUCCAUCUACAGGAUUCUGAGAAAUUUCCUUCUCUGUAUAGACAAUCUUUCAAGUCCUUUCAGAGACGAAAUGCCACAGAUGACCUCAUGCAUGUUAAAUAAUUAUUCAGAUAAACUACUGUACUGGCAGCUUCCCAUUUCUCACGAGUCCUUACCAUCUCGCAACAAUUCUAGUCUAACUCAAUGACCAGUAUGUCCACUUCCACUUAACUUAACCAUUUCAUGCUGAUCCCAAUCUAGUACACCCUCGACGAUUCAUUUUCACAUCUGCAAUCAUUAGCAAAUUCUGUAAUCUAUUGUUUACAUACUCAACAACCUUGGGUAUGAUAUGCAAAAAGCCAAGACUAGUAACAAUCAUCAAAUUAAACGAAAACACCAAU